AUGGCUUCCAGUCCCAUUACGCCGGCUAUGCCGCCGCCGGCGGGUCAGACAUCCAACUUCGUUGACCCGCCGUACAUUGGGACCAAGUUUCUCGUUGUGAAUUGUGUUUUUCUGCCGUUGGCUGCUGUUGCGUUAUUUGUGAGGACGUGGACUCGUUUAUUCAUUGUUCGCAGCUUUGGCUCUGAUGACUAUCUUAUGAUUAUUGCCCUUCUUUUAUCAUGCGUUCUCACAGCUGUCACACUAGAAAUGCUUAAUUGGGGUCUUGGGAAGCACAUGUGGGAUGUGCCCAUCCAAUACGUAUCGCCAAUGUUUGCAAAGCUAAACCUAAUCUCCGCGAUAUUCUACUGCGCCGCGACCGGCUUCACGAAAUGCUCCGUUCUUGUAUUCUACCUCCGCAUAUUUCCGAGUCGCAACUUCCAUAUCGCUGUCUGGGCCACGGUCUUUAUCGCCGUAGGAUACAGUUUGGCUAGUGUGCUCGUCAACGUUUUCAGCUGUUCCCUCAUUGCGAAAUCCUGGGAUUCGACGAUUACAACCGGAAACUGCAUCAAUCGUCCUGUCUUUUACUUUGCGAACGCUGGACUGGGAAUUUUUACCGACUUCGCGACAGUUGUGGUUCCGAUACCAUGGCUGCGCCGAUUACAAAUGCCUAUGCGACAGAAGAUUGCUGUCAGUGCUAUUCUAGCAAUGGGUUGCUUCGUCGGAGUUGUCAGCUGCAUUCGGCUGUCAUCACUCUAUACCCUUCUAACCAGUACCGAUCUAACAUGGGCAACGACUGACGCCUUGAUGUGGUGUACAAUCGAAUUAAACCUGGGAAUUUUCGGUGGAUGCGUGACAGCCAUUCGACCCUUUGUCCGACGAUACUUCCCUCGUCUGCUGGGUCUAUCGGCAUCAGACAAUACCUUCAAAUCUCGCAAAUACGGCCACCAACUGGGCUCCCUUCCUUUGAGUGAACGUCCUAAUUUUACAGGGCGCAGUCAUGGUCAGUACUCUGCGACCCUCACGACGCACGGCCAAAUCCUCGAUAAUGACAGUGAAGAACACAUCUUAUCGCCAGGGGCUAAUAGGCAGAAAGACGUGGACGGAAUCAUCCACACGGUCGAAUUCGAUGUGGAGAAUUCGAGUUCACAUGUCCGGCUGAACUCGGCAAAGCCGGAUGUAAAUAAUAGGAAUGAUGCAUGA